AAAAAAAACAAAAAAUUAGUCAUCACAAACUAAUAAACAAAAAUAGUCAUAAUUUUAUUAUCAUUUCUUUGUAACCCUGCCAUUUCUGAAAUUAAUUAUCUCUUAAAGAGAUGAAUCGCCUAUUUGGUAAAGGUAAACCCAAAGAGCCCGGCCCGAGUAUCACAGACUGUAUUGCUGGGGUGGAUCAAAGGGCUGAAGGUGUAGAAAAGAAAAUAAAUGCCUUAGAAAAUGACUUGCGAAAGUUUAGAGACCAAAUGUCCAAGAUGCGUGAGGGUCCUGCCAAGAAUGCUGUCAAGGCUAAAGCCCUUCGUAUUCUCAAACAGAAGAAACUCUAUGAAAACCAGCUCGAUAAUCUUAGGGGUCAAUCUUUUAACAUGGAACAAGCGAACUUUGCUCAUCAAACUCUAAAAGACACCCAGGCAACAGUAGUAGCGAUGAAAGAUGGCAUGAAAGCCAUGAAAAAGGAAUUUAAGAAGAUCAAUAUUGAUGAUAUUGACGAUGUUCAAGACGAGCUAGCAGAUAUGCUAGAGCAAGCGGAUGAAGUCCAAGAAGCCCUCGGGAGGAGUUAUAAUACACCUGAGCUUGAUGAUGAUGAACUGGCUGCCGAAUUAGAUGCCCUAGGUGAUGAAAUUGCCUUGGAUGAUGACCAGAGCUAUUUGGAUGAUAUUGGAAAAAUUCCUGAGGUGCCUGAUGCUAAACCAGAAGCUAGUGGAAGUAGAACUAAUAAGGAUGGGGUGCAAGUUGAUGAGUUUGGUUUGCCUCAAAUACCCAGUAAACACUAGGAAUGAUUACUAUAGCUUUUGAUAAUAUGUAUAUGCUUUAAAAUAUAAAUUUUGCCAGUCUUUGUUGUGUUAUAUUUAGGAUUUCAAUGGAUGGCAUAAAUAUAUAUAUAUGAAACAUCUGGAACAAUUUUUACAUUUUAGUUCAUAGGAGGUUAAUAUAUGCACUAAUGUUAGCCUUUAAUUCUUCAUUUAUUUUUUAUAUAAGAGUUGUUAAAAUAAAUUGUUAAUUAAGA